CUUCUUGGCGCCAACUCUCUUUAGAGCUCCUCCUGUUACCCUCUACACUUCCAUCUCAAGAUUUUCGCUAAACAAUCAGGACUCGUUCAUUUCUAUUACUCCUACUAGGCUCUUCAUACCUGCAGAGUUAUCUGGUAUCUGUUGUUGCUGCUGAGAAGUGUCAGGUAUCCAUGAAUUAGUGGAGGUGCGUGAAAGCAGGCCAAACACCACGGUCAUCAAAAAAAAAUUGAUAAUAAAGUUGGGCAUUGGCGGAGCAAAGAACAAAAGCCAAAGCAUAAGCAUUUUUCAUGAAGAUGUUUUUCAAUUUUUUUUAAAACUAGAGUGUGAUUCCAUAUUUUGAGCUCUUUACACUUGCAACUGUAAAUAACUUUCUAGUUUGAGGAGAGAUGAAACUAAGGAGGUGGAUGAUUAUGCUGAACUGAAGGAGAAAUUGGAAAAUUUGGGUAUAUGCUGCAAUUCUGUUAACCCUGAAGAAUACACAAGAUUAAUGUGUCCCAAGUGCAAAGGUGGUCGGUCAAUGGAAAGGAGUUUAUCAUUUCAUAUGUCAUCGAAAAGGAAUUCUGCAUUAUGGAGGUGUUUCAAUAUUGAAUGUGGAUGGGCAGGCCAGAUCCCACACAACAGUACGACAUCUGAUGGGGUCCAUCAACUUGGCAGAAUGAAUUAUCCUCGGAUACUUACAGAGGAAAGCUUGAAGUUAGAACCAUUAGGUGAUAUGCUGGCUGCAUAUUUUUCUACGAGGAUGAUAUCAAAGGAUACUCUGAAGAGAAAUCAUGUCAUGCAAAUGGCUGGUGAUCAGAUCAUCAUUGCCUUCACUUAUAGGAGGAAUGGUAUGCUCAUUGGCUGCAAGUAUCGGACACUUGAGAAAAGGUUUUGGCAGGAGAAGGGUGCAGAUAAGGUACUUUAUGGACUGGAUGAUGUCAGAGAAGCAGAUGAGAUCAUCAUUGUAGAAGGUGAAAUAGAUAAGCUUUCAGUGGAAGAAGCUGGAUUUCCUAACUGUGUCAGUGUUCCUAAUGGUGCACCACAAGGCAUCACAUCCAAAGAACUGCUACCACUGGAAGAGGAUACCAGAUUUUCAUACCUGUGGAACUGCAAAGAGUGCUUGGAGAAGGUGUCUCGGAUUGUGCUGGCAACUGAUGGUGAUUUACCAGGCCAAGCAUUGGCUGAAGAGCUUGCCCGCCGUCUGGGGAAAGAAAGGUGUUGGCAAGUAUGUUGGCCUAAAAAGGAUGAGUCAAGCAGUUAUAAAGAUGCGAAUGAGGUACUUGUAAAUCUCGGAGCAGAAGCUCUGAAAGAAGCGAUUGAAUGUGCCGUGCCAUAUGAAAUGCAGAAUUUGAACUAACCCACAAAGUUCUCAGUUUUAAGAUAUCUUUUAAACAGUACUUGACCCUCUCCUCGAUAUUUUAUGCGUCUACUGCAUCUGUAAGAAACAUUACUCAAGAUGAGGACUCAAAGCAAUGUUUGACAACACGUAGAUUUCCCUUUUCAAAAAUUUCGUGUUCUCCUUUAGAUCUUGGAGUUGGAUUUCUCAAAGAAGCGUGCUUAAAUAGGUGACAGGUUGGUAGAUGAAAUGUUUUCAUUCUCUACUUGGAAUGAAGGUUCUUGUGACAUUGUUAUAAAGAUGCUUGGAAGAAUAGAAUGGAAUCGGCUUGGCCACAGGUUAAGGAGAUUUAGUUUCUUAUAAUUUAUAUUAUAUUUUCAUUUAUUAUUUGUUUUAAAUAAUAUUAA